GAAAAUGAAGGCAUUGUGAUAUUUUGGGCCCCGUAGAGAAACUGUCUAAUGAUGAGUGGCAUUUGUAGAGCUUAUUUUAGUGUCUCAGUUUUUUCAGCUGUCUCUGACUCAUUUUUCCAAAAUCAUAAACUGAGGAAAAAGUCGUUUAUGGGUUAAAGUUUAAAAUCAGCAGCUGCUGUCAUCAGGUUCAAGUUGUUUGUGUGACAGCUGUAGUUCACUGACUUCACAUUUAUUUACACACUGGCUGAAACCGUAAAACCUUCCAGCAGCAGAAACAGAUACUUUUAUUUAUUUUUUUGGGGGGGGGGCUUUUUGUGCCUUUAUUGAUAGUGCAGUAGAGAGAGACAGGAAAUAGGGAGGCAGAGAGGGGGAAUGACAAUCAGCUAAGAGCUUGUCCGAUGCGGGACUCGAACCGGGGCCGACUGCAGCAAGGACUGUAGCCUCUACACAUGGGCCGGAUGCUCAUCCAACUGAACUACUCGACGCCUCCAGAGACUUUUAUUUUGAAAGUCAGAGUGGCAGGUGUUUGAAACAUGUUGGUUUGAUAGUUUUAUUUCUGAUAAGUCAGCUAGUCGUUUACCUAGCUUAGCAUUGCUUUAGCCCAAAAACAUGCAGCUCCAACUUUCGCAUGAGGAGUUUUUAAUUAGACAUGAAGGACUCGGUUCUGACCUGUUUAAAUAGACUAGAACUGAUCCAACAUGUUCAGCUCUUUCAUCGGGAGCACAAGGCAUCGUGGGUAACAGCACAAACAUGAACUACCUUAUUUUUUAAUGUGUGGAAACUUGUCGUCAUGUUGCAGUUCACUGUUUGUCCACAGGGAGGCGCUGUGAGUCAGACUGCUCACACUGCUGCUGCUCCUAUAAACCAGGAUGAAGUCCCACCCACCUCCACCAUCCCGACCAGACGAUUGGACGCUGCAGCCGUCACUCUGACUGACAGGCAUCUUCACCGCCCCCCUGAAAGGUCUCUACUACAUUCGGAUGACCGGCAGUGUUGGAAACUCCGGGUCCGUGGACAUUUCACUGAGGAAGAAUGGUUGGAGUAUGUUUGGCAUCUACAACACUAAUGAAAAGUACAGCAGCAGCUCCAACGGCAUGACAAUGGUCCUGGAGGCCAGUGACCAGCUGUGGGUCACCCUCUGGAGCGGAAACAGCAUCUUCGACCAGAGUCAACUCAGCACCUUCAGCGGCUUCCUCAUCUUCCCCAUGUAGGAGGAGCCUGACUCACCUGCACCUGCUGUGGAGGAGGUGGAGGAAGUCUAGAUCUAGAUCACUACCGGAAAAUAUACAAAACUUGUCACAUGUAAACCAAUGGAAAUAUUGUGUGAAGACAAGUCUGAAACCAAAAACAGUUUUUCAGUUUCUUAUGACUUCGAUUGCAAACAUACAAAUCACCUAACAAGCAGUUUUAAUUUGAAAUGUUGAACAGGAACCUUUCUGUCUAAGCUGCUCAAAAUAAAUACAGAUUCUUAUAACUGAACUCUCUAAUAAAUAAAAAAAAAACACUUUUAUUUCCACAUAAGUAUCUAAAUUACAACAGAUUUGGUGCAAAAAUCCAACUGUAGGUGGCGCUGUAGCACAUUUCAUAUUAUAUUAAGAUUACAUAGUUAGAUUUUAAUAUUUAAAGUGGAUAUAUCAAUACUUUAUAGUACCAAUGUAUGAAAUAUAAAAACAAUGUUUAAUAAUAAAGGAAUCUCUGAUAGUGAAUUAUUAGCUGUUUUCAGGUAAACAGUUAUAAAAAGCCAGUGUCUGUUUUCUCACACUAUCAUGGUAAAUAUCUAAAACAGUCUGCGUCUGAAAUUUACCUGUAUCAAACCUGCAACAAGAACGUGUUCUACGGGCAGGUCUCACUGCAGCCAAGGAAAUGUUGGCCUUGAGAUGGCACCUGCCACAUUCCCUGGCUUGGCGACAGUGGGCCAGCUCUUUGCUCAAUAUUGUCCUGAUUUCCCCGCCUGUACAAUACAAACUAAUUCCGUGGGAAACACAGCACCCGCACACAGACGUCAGAAACGGUUUGUACAGUUUAAACACUGAUUAACUCAGACGGCAUAUUUAAGAAGUCCCAGUGUCAGAUCAGACACUCUCAGUUGAUCUGAGCGUUUCAGUGUCUCCUCUGCUGCUGUCCAGUCAUCCUUGAGUCGAGAUGAUGUCCGGUUGGUUUCUGGUCGUGUUGGUGGUCUGUGGUCUCGUCAAGGCUCAGACCCCCACAGAUGGAGAUGAAAAUGAUCUGAUUUUAAAUCCUGAGAAAACAGACACAGGUCUGCAAGUCCUGCUGCAGCAGCUGAUGACCAGAGUGGAGAAACUGGAGAGAGAGCGUGAGGACCGAGGUUCCUAUCAGGUGGCCUUCUCGGCCUCGCUCAUGACCACUACAGACUGGACCUCUGUGGGGCCUUUCAACACCGUGACCACUCUGGUGUUCAGGAACGUUAUGACAAAUAUCGGCAACGCGUACAACCCCAUAACAGGCAUCUUCACCGCCCCCCUGAAAGGUCUCUACUACAUUCGGAUGACCGGCAGUGUUGGAAACUCCGGGUCCGUGGACAUUUCACUGACGAAGAAUGGUUGGAGUAUGUUUGGCAUCUACAACACUAAUGAAAAGUACAGCAGCAGCUCCAACGGCAUGACAAUGGUCCUGGAGGCCAGUGACCAGCUGUGGGUCACCCUCUGGAGCGGAAACAGCAUCUUCGACCAGAGUCAACUCAGCACCUUCAGCGGCUUCCUCAUCUUCCCCAUGUAGGAGGAGCCUGACUCACCUGCACCUGCUGUGGAGGAGGUGGAGGAAGUCUAGAUCUAGAUCACUACUGGAAAAUAUACAAAACUUGUCACAUGUAAACCAAUGGAAAUAUUGUGUGAAGCCAAGUCUGAAACCAAAAACAGUUUUUCAGUUUCUUAUGACUUCGAUUGCAAACAUACAAAUCACCUAACAAGCAGUUUUAAUUUGAAAUGUUGAACAGGAACCUUUCUGUCUAAGCUGCUCAAAAUAAAUACAGAUUCUUAUAACUGAACUCUCUAAUAAAUAAAAAAAAACACUUUUAUUUCCAUAUAAGUAUCUAAAUUACAACAGAUUUGGUGCAAAAAUCCAACUGUAGGUGGCGCUGUAGCACAUUUCAUAUUAUAUUAAGAUUACAUAGUUAGAUUUUAAUAUUUAAAGUGGAUAUAUCAAUACUUUAUAGUACCAAUGUAUGAAAUAUAAAAACAAUGUUUAAUAAUAAAGGAAUCUCUGAUAGUGAAUUAUUAGCUGUUUUCAGGUAAACAGUUAUAAAAAGCCAGUGUCUGUUUUCUCACACUAUCAUGGUAAAUAUCUAAAACAGUCUGCGUCUGAAAUUUACCUGUAUCAAACCUGCAACAAGAACGUGUUCUACGGGCAGGUCUCACUGCAGCCAAGGAAAUGUUGGCCUUGAGAUGGCACCUGCCACAUUCCCUGGCUUGGCGACAGUGGGCCAGCUCUUUGCUCAAUAUUGUCCUGAUUGCCCCCCCUGUACAAUACAAACUAAUUCCGUGGGAAACACAGCACCCGCACACAGACGUCAGAAACGGUUUGUACAGUUUAAACACUGAUUAACUCAGACGGCAUAUUUAAGAAGUCCCAGUGUCAGAUCAGACACUCUCAGUUGAUCUGAGCGUUUCAGUGUCUCCUCUGCUGCUGUCCAGUCAUCCUUGAGUCGAGAUGAUGUCCGGUUGGUUUCUGGUCGUGUUGGUGGUCUGUGGUCUGGUCAAGGCUCAGACCCCCACAGAUGGAGAUGAAAAUGAUCUGAUUUUAAAUCCUGAGAAAACAGACACAGGUCUGCAAGUCCUGCUGCAGCAGCUGAUGACCAGAGUGGAGAAACUGGAGAGAGAGCGUGAGGAC